AUGAAUUCACAAGAAGAUAUCAAUUACCAGUUAAAGGAAAACUUUAUAUUUUUUCUGGAUAUUUUGAAGCAACCCGAAGAAGUGUUCGAUUGUCGCUCACGUGAAUACAAAUUGGUCAGGGCGUGGCUGGAUAAAUUGGCAAUGGGCUCAUUUGAAACGACCGAUGAGCUGCGACAGCGUAACAUUUGUAUGAGUCAUCUUUUGGUUUGUUUGAACAAUGGCAAGCUGACGGGACCGUUCCUUGCUCCACCAAAACAGGAACAAUUUCUUGAUAUCGAUUUCGAAGGUAAAGCGAAGCAAAAACGCGUCUGUCCGCGGCCACUGACUGGUAUGAAAGCGCCUGAAAAGGCCUGCCUCGUAGCGGAGACACGCGGGCCAUGUGAAUGUGACUUUGUGUGUUGCGAUGGAGACGAUGAUCGGCGGAAUGAGAAGAAAGCUUGCAGCAACACCACCGGAUCGUCAUUCGAUCUCAUUUGUGGCUAUAUGACGCAAUAUGUGAAUAUACCCGCUUGCCUAAAGGAAAGCCUAGAUGCAAGCUUGCCUUCUAUAUUGCACCUACAUACAGCGCCAUAUCACCCAAAGGAGGGAGCUACUGCUACUGCUGCUGGCUGCAAGACGACGACAACAGAGCCAUCAUCGUCCAAUUAUGGUAAAGUUGUUGAUUCGUAUGAAAAAUGUACGGACUGCUGUGCUGGCAGCCGCCUACACAUGGGUAGCGGUAAGAGUGUUGGCGACAAUAGCACCGCACGUACGCUCUGCAAUCAACAAGUGGAAUCUGAUCAGCAAGAAAUGUAUGGAUGCAUAGCGACACUCCUGAAGGCCAUUGCGUCCGAGCUCCGUGGUGAGCAGACACCUGGUAGCAAUGAUUUCCUCGAAUAUGAGCUGGCGCGCUAUAAGAACUUCAUAAAGAACUACUCACAUUUGGCUGGCAACAUGUUUAAGCUGCAAGACCGGCCGAUAUUGCGUCCGUUUUUGUUGCUGAACUUGCAAAACGAUUUGGUAAAGUUGCUCCCAGCGAAUAUGAAGCGGGCUUUCGGUUUCGGUUGA